AUUGGUAUGAUUGUGUUUUACACUCGUCUCUUGUUUCAAGCAGCGCUCGCCGGACACACGCUUCAUUCAUCCUUACGUCUUUAUUUGCCGGUGUACGAGGCAGGCGUUGUGAGUUUGAAGUGGUUUUCAGGCAGGCAUGUCAGGCUCAACUUCCCCGCCUCCAUCGGCAGAGGCCGUGGGGGCCGAGGGAUGUUUCCCCCCCGGAUACAAGCCUUUCAAACCCGAGGAGCACGGCCUGGAGCGCGGGUUCCGUCUCACGGCUUUUUCGGACCUGAAAGGAUGAGGCUGCAAGGUCCCGCAGGAGGCUCUGCUCAAACUCCUGGCGGGACUGGAGACGGACCGGGCCGAUGGGACAGGGAAGGCCGGAGACCAAACAUCGGAGUUUGGCCAACAGUUGCCCGGACCCCGACUCGGUGUAGGGAUGGACUGCUGUGUGAUUCCCCUGAGGCAUGGAGGGCUCUCACUGGUCCAGACCACAGACUUCUUCUACCCUCUGGUGGAGGAUCCUUACAUGAUGGGCAGGAUAGCGUGUGCGAACGUCCUCAGUGAUCUCUACGCCAUGGGCAUCACAGAGUGUGACAACAUGCUGAUGCUACUGAGUGUCAGCCAGAAGAUGAAUGACAAGGACCGUGAGCGUGUGAUGCCGCUGAUGAUUCAAGGGUUCCGUGAUGCAGCUGAGGAGGGAGGUACUUCUGUGACAGGCGGCCAGACGGUGAUCAACCCGUGGAUCAUCGUCGGAGGGGUAGCAUCAGUUGUCUGCCAGCCGAAUGAGUUCAUCAUGCCGGAUGGUGCUGUACCAGGGGACGUCUUGGUUCUGACUAAACCUCUAGGGACGCAGGUGGCCGUGAACGCUCACCAAUGGCUCGAUCAGACUGAAAGGUGGAACAAGAUCAAACUGGUCGUCAACAAAGAGGAAGUAAAAGAGGCCUAUCAGGAAGCCAUGUUCUCCAUGGCAACGCUAAACCGCACAGCUGCAGGCCUCAUGCACAAGUUCCAGGCUCACGCUGCAACCGACGUGACAGGUUUUGGGCUAUUGGGGCACGCCAACAACCUGGCAGCACAGCAACGGAACGAGGUGGCCUUCGUCAUCCACAAUUUACCAAUCAUUGCCAAGAUGGCUGCCAUCAGUAAAGCCUGUGGAAACCUGUUCAAUCUGGUUCAGGGCACGUCAGCAGAGACCUCUGGCGGGCUGCUGGUGUGUCUGCCCAGAGAGCAGGCGGCCAAGUUUUGCUCUGAGAUGAAGAGCCAGAGCUCCGGAGCUGGAGGUCAAGGGGCGGCGGGCGGAGCUUGGAUAAUCGGAAUCGUAGAGAAAGGCGACCGCCGCGCUCGCAUUAUUGACAAGCCUCGCAUUAUCGAGGUUCCACCACGAGGAAGCCAGGCAGCACAUCAGGACAACAACUCCAGCAGCCCUGCUCCGAGCCCCAAUUUGUCAUAGACACUGAUCCGGUGUGCGUGUGUGUUUGAAUGUGUGUUGAUGUUGCAGUCCAUCUCAUCCCCCUUUUCAGUCUAAAUGCUGAGAGCACACAGAACAAAAUCACAAUCUUCUUUUCCAGUGGGAGAGGGAAUGAACAGCACACUAUUAUUUAUCCGUCUUUGGAAAGAGCUUUUUGGAAUGAAAUGUAAAUAGGUAGUAUGCUUUACUACUCUAUUUCUUUUAUUUCAAUCUGCAUCCCCUGCCUUUCCUUUUUCCCUUUUCUAAUCCAUAUAGAUUUAUAUAAUUCAACCAAAAUGCAAAAAUGAGUUUCAGUUCUUAAGAGAAAACAUUCCAAAUCAUUCUGGCCGGUUAAUAAUGAUAAUUGAGUGUAAAUGUGUGUGUUUCAAAUCGUAUCAUUUGACUGGGAUGCUUUGCUGUGGGGAAGUAGAACAGGACUUCUCUUUUGGAAGUGGAUCAUGUUAAAGUUGAUUCUUGUUGGUAAAUGUAUAAUGUGGAAAAGAAAUGGCACCUGGCUCUGCCCACAUGGCCCAGAGGAAGGCUUGAGCAGCUUCCUUUGACCCAGCUGGGUGGCGUUCAGAAUGUUUCUUUGUCAGCUGAUUGGCUGUCCAGCACCAAGUCCCUCCCACCUUUCCUUUUUAUGAAGCUCUGCCUUUAAACCCCAGCCAACGGGGGCCGGUGGGGUGGAUGUUUGCCUUUGGAUUGGGGUCGGACUUCGACUGCUGGAGGUCUAAAGCUGUUGGUAGAUUUCCUGCUUUUCACAAUCAAUAAAAGCAUCAUCAACUCUCACUGUAA